UACUGUGCCAGUCAUCUACAGGCGUGGUAACGCAACAAUUUUUGACAGUAGAAGAUCAUCUCUGAUAUCGUCUGCAUUGAGUUCUCGUAGCAUCUGUCUUCAAAAAGUGUUUAUCAGAGUUUGAGUAUCAAAAUGAGCUACCCCACCGUAUAAUCCACAGGGACCAGGAAUGUACCCACCCCCUGAGCAUAUGACAACACCACUAAGCUAUCCAAUCAACCCAGGAGCACAACCAAUGGGAGGAUAUCCCAACUACCCUGCAAACCCAGGCAUGCCAUACCCAUCCAACCCAUCACAAUACCCAAGUUACCCACCUAACCCAUCUCCCUACCCAACAAGUAGCCCAUCAAUGCCCAUGCCCACAUCCAAUCCUUACCCUGGACAGGCUUCACCUUACCCACCGGGUCCACAGGUGUCGCCGUACCCACCUCAAAACCCACAAUACCCACCCCAAAAUCCAGCAUACCCACCUCAGAGUUCAGCAUACCCACCACAGAAUUCAGCCUACCCACCUCAGAAUCCUCAAUACCCACAAAACCCUUCCUACCCUUCUGGACAGCAGGCCCCAUCAGCGUACCCACCCCAGAGCGCCCCAUACACUUCACAGACCCACUCUUAUCAGACUAAUGCCCCACCCGCUAGUAAUAUGGGGGGAGCACCUCACUUACCAGCAAGUCAACAGUCCAGUCAACCAAAGAAGGGUACCCCCACUGUUCGUCCCGCCAACCCUUUUAAUCCCACACAGGAUGCAGAAGUGCUCCGCAAAGCUAUGAAAGGUUUUGGCACUGAUGAAAAAGCCAUCAUCAAUGUGCUAGCAAAUAGGACCAACGCCCAAAGACAGGAGAUAGCUGUCAAGUUCAAAACUCUCUAUGGAAAGGAUCUGAUCAAAGACUUGAAGAGUGAACUGAGCGGUAACUUCGAGGACCUAGUGGUUGCUCUGAUGACUCCAAUCAGCUCCCUGCUGGCCAGAGAUCUGAACAAAGCUGUCAGCUGCAUUGGCACUGAGGAGGAGACCAUCAUUGAGAUCCUAUGCACGGCCACCAAUCACGAAAUAUACGCUAUCCGAACAGCUUAUCAAUCAAUGUACGGUACAUCUCUUGAAGACGAUAUGGCUAGUGACACUAGUGGCUCUUUCAGACGGCUCUUGGUCUCUCUUUGCCAGGCCGCUAGAGACGAGAAUUACAUUGUAGAUAUGGCAUCUGCUCAGAAUGAUGCUCAAAAACUACUAAGAGCAGGUGAACUGAGAUUGGGAACUGAUGAAUCGUCAUUCAACGCCAUACUAUGCUCGAGGAGUUACCCUCAACUGUCGCAGAUCUUCUUGGAGUAUCAGAGGCUGACAGGCCAUGACUUCUCCAAAGCUAUUGAGAAUGAGUUCUCUGGAGACAUCAAGGAUGGCUUGCUCGCAAUUGUGAAAACCGUGAGAGACAGAUAUGCGUUCUUCGCGGAACAGCUCUACAACAGCAUGAAGGGAUUUGGAACGAAGGACAGAGCUUUGCAGCGUAUUGUGGCUGUUCGAUCUGAGAUCGACAUGGUCGAAAUUAAGCGUGCUUUUACUGCCAAAUAUGGAAAGUCUUUAGAGGAGUUUAUUCAUGAUGAUACGUCAGGAGAUUACAAGAAAUGUCUUCUGGCUCUCGUCUCAGAUGUAUAGAUUUAAGAAACUUUCAAAAUGUGUCACGUCUACUAUUCUAUAACUACUUGUCAAUUCCCAUGACUGUAAGUUUUCAUGAAUCUAUAUAGAAUCCUAAUGGAUUUAUCACAUCUGGUUAAGCGAAUCUCUGUGUUAAUAUAUAUUGUUGUUUAUGUAUUGAAAUGUUAUAGGUGUUAGGUUUUAAGUUCAACAUGCACAUAACUAUUUUUCAAGUCCAAUUUACUGCAUAUUAAUAAAGUAUUUGUGUGAAUUAUUAUCUCUCAAGGAAUUCUAUUAUAAAAUAAUGAAUGGUUUAAUAUUAAUAAAACUAUGCUGAUCUGUUGAGGUUUUUAAGAAACUUAGACUACUCACUCUUCUUGCCUUGUUACUGCUAAAUAAUUUAUUGAAAAGUGAUAUGUAAUUACGAGUUGUAUUCUUUAUAGAAUAAGCUGAUAUAUAAUUGUUGGAUAGAUUAACAGAGAACUCUAAAAAAACUCUGAUUUUGUUGGAUACAUUCCACUUUUUUCUUAAAUCACUUUGAAUGUGACUUGAUUUUUUUUACUUUUUAAUACAUAUGAGUAUCUACACCCCAAUUCACAAUGCCUUUUUGGAGAAAGGUUUGUGCUUGUCCAUAUAUAUACCGUAUUUAUUUUCAUUUCUUCAAUUUGGGAAGGCUGCUGAAAACUUAACUAAAUUUAUCUUUGUAUUAAAGAGAUGGAUAAGUUCUUGAGGAAUCAGUUUUCAAAAGAAGUGAUGAUACAUUAUUUGUCGAAUCCUUAGAGAGAGUCAAAUUAAUGUUCAACUUUAUUGGAAAAUUUUAAUUUUGUGUCACAAAAAUGGAACUGCACUCUUGUUAAAUUUUUUAUUAUUGAUUGAAUAUUAUUAUUCAUAGUUUUAAUCCACUACUGUUGAUAGUAUAAUUUGAUGAAUGGGUGUGUGCAGGAAUGUUGGAAGCUAUCAAGCUUUACUUUGACUUCAAUGAACAAAAUUGAAUCAGUUGAGUCGAUUUCUUACUUUACAAUGAGCAUUGUUCAUGUGUUGUAACUUUCCAAAUAAUUUUUAUUUUAUCAAUCAAAAAUAGAUUUUAUACAAGCAUGAUGGAACCAAGAAAUUUCAAAUCAUUCAAGUGUUAUCAUUCAUAGAGUGUACGUAUCCUAUUAUUGUCCAGUUAUUCUCUAAUUACUUAUAUAUUUAAUCACUUGUAUCUCCAACUGUUGACUAUUCAAUCUGUCUUAUUUCUCAAGAUUUUGCCAUAAAUUUAUUGAUCAUAGUUAUAUAAAGUUCUGAAAAAAUUGUGGAGAAUAUUUUUAAGGAAACUAGCAAGAAGAUUUUCAAUCGAUGGAUUUGCGAAAUGAAUGCCAAUACUAUGCCAAUACUCAAAUUGUGUAAAAUUAUUGUUCUAAUAUUUGUAAUUCACUCUUACUCUAAGCUGAGGACAUAAUUGUUAUAAUCAAAUAAUUCGUUGCCUUUCAAAGUCAGUAUUAAUAGUGAUGUUGAUUGAUCAAAUAUUUCUAUUUUGCAUUGUUAUUAUUAUAAAAUUGACUGCUGUGCUAUUUUUGAUAGAAUAUUCAACUGUUUUCUAUAUUAUAUAUACUCUAUUAAAUGUUUAUCAAUGGUAA